GUCUGAAGGGGGCAGCAGUGAGGCUUCGGAGGAUCAUCUAUCACACAGGGCAGCAUUGAGUCUGUCUUCAGAGGAUCAUCUAUCACACAGGACAGCAGUGAGUCUGCCUUCAGAGGAUCAUCUAUCACAGCGGAGCGGCUGGACGGAGGCGACCCUGGAACCGGAUGAAUCCGUUCCUCUGCUAGAUGUUCUGAAGUUGAAGGAGACAUUAAAGUAAUCAACCUUGCGGUGGAAGAGCUGUUCUGCUAACCAGAGAUCUGCAGGGUAACAUUUUUAGAGGACACGGUUCUGCUGCUCUCGACAGGCGAUCGUCAUCUCCCGGCUAACCAUCAGUUUAUUGGAAAGGGUUCAUCUAAGGGCUCCUCUGAUCGGGUUAGCAGUCCGGUUAGCACCGACCAGACCCCCACUCCUGGUAGAGAGCGGACAGAUCUCCACCAUGGAGAACGCUCACAUCAAGAGCGUGGAAGAAGUUUACUCUCAUUUCUCCGUCAAUGAGAGCACAGGACUGGGCUCCGAGCAGGUGAAGAAGCUGAAGGAGAGAUGGGGCCUCAAUGAGCUGCCGGCAGAGGAAGGAAAGUCUUUAUGGGAACUUGUGGCUGAACAGUUUGAGGACUUACUGGUUCGGAUUCUCCUGCUGGCAGCAUGCAUAUCCUUUGUCUUGGCCUGGUUCGAGGAGGGAGAGGAAACCAUAACAGCCUUCGUGGAGCCUUUUGUCAUCUUACUUAUUCUCAUAGCCAACGCCAUCGUCGGUGUCUGGCAGGAGCGCAACGCGGAGGACGCCAUCGAGGCGCUGAAGGAGUACGAGCCGGAGAUGGGGAAGGUGUACCGGCAGGACCGCAAGACGGUCCAGAGGAUCAAGGCCAAGGACAUCGUCCCCGGGGACAUCGUGGAGGUCGCUGUUGGAGACAAGGUCCCUGCAGACAUCCGUCUCUCUUCCAUCAAGUCCACAACGCUGAGGGUGGACCAGUCCAUCCUGACGGGUGAAUCCAUCUCUGUGAUCAAACACACUGACCCGGUGCCGGACCCCCGCGCCGUCAACCAGGACAAGAAGAACAUGCUCUUCUCCGGCACCAACAUCGCGGCCGGCAGGGCGGUCGGCGUGGCGGUGGCCACGGGCGUCAACACGGAGAUCGGGAAGAUCCGCGACGAGAUGGCGGCCACGGAGCAGGAGAAGACGCCGCUGCAGCAGAAGCUGGACGAGUUCGGCGAGCAGCUGUCCAAGGUGAUCACGCUCAUCUGCAUCGCCGUGUGGAUCAUCAACAUCGGCCACUUCAGCGACCCGGUGCACGGCGGCUCCUGGAUCCGCGGCGCCGUCUACUACUUCAAGAUCGCCGUGGCGCUGGCGGUGGCGGCCAUCCCCGAGGGCCUGCCCGCCGUCAUCACCACCUGCCUGGCGCUGGGCACGCGGCGCAUGGCCAAGAAGAACGCCAUCGUCCGCUCGCUGCCCUCAGUGGAGACGCUGGGCUGCACCUCUGUCAUCUGCUCGGACAAGACGGGCACCCUGACCACCAACCAGAUGUCGGUCUGCAGGAUGUUCAUCAUGAACCAGGCGCCCGUGGCCGAGGGCUCCCUGACGGAGUUCACCAUCACGGGCUCCACCUACGCCCCCGAAGGAGACGUGUACCACGAUGAUAAACUGGUUAAAAGCUCCCAGUAUGAUGCUCUGGUGGAGCUGGCCACCAUCUGCGCUCUGUGCAACGACUCGUCCCUGGACUUCAACGAGGCCAAAGGAGUGUACGAGAAAGUCGGCGAGGCCACCGAGACCGCCCUGACCUGUCUGGUGGAGAAGAUGAACCCCUUUGACACGGAGGUCCAGAACCUGUCCAAGAUCGACCGAGCAAUGGCCUGCAACUCUGUCAUCAAGCAGCUGAUGAAGAAGGAGUUCACCUUGGAGUUCUCCAGGGAUCGCAAGUCCAUGUCGGUCUUCUGCACUCCCAACAAGUCCCGCUCCUCCCUGGGCAAGAUGUUUGUCAAGGGGGCCCCAGAAGGCGUGAUCGACCGCUGCACCCACGUGCGCGUGGGCACCAAUAAGGUCCCGCUCACCCCGGCCAUCAAGGAGAAGGUGCUGGCCACCAUUCGGGACUACGGGACAGGCCGGGACACGCUGCGCUGCCUGGCGCUGGCCACCCGGGACACCCCCCCCAAAGUGGAGGACAUGAACCUUACGGAGACCGCCAAGUUCGCCUCCUAUGAGUCGGACCUGACCUUCGUGGGCUGCGUGGGCAUGCUGGACCCCCCCCGCCAGGAGGUGGCGGCCUCCAUCAAGCUGUGUCGCCAGGCGGGCAUCCGCGUCAUCAUGAUCACCGGGGACAACAAGGGCACGGCCGUGGCCAUCUGUCGGCGCAUCGGCAUCCUGCCGGCGACGGGCGACGUGGACCACCUGGCCUUCACCGGCCGCGAGUUCGACGACCUGUCGCUGGCCGCCCAGCGCGACGCUGUCACCAACGCCUGCUGCUUCGCCCGCGUCGAGCCCUCGCACAAGUCCAAGAUUGUGGAGUUCCUGCAGGGCUUCGACGAGAUCACCGCCAUGACCGGUGACGGCGUGAACGACGCCCCGGCCCUGAAGAAGGCGGAGAUCGGCAUCGCCAUGGGCUCCGGGACCGCCGUGGCCAAGUCGGCCUCGGAGAUGGUCCUCGCCGACGACAACUUCAGCUCCAUCGUGGCGGCGGUGGAGGAGGGCCGUGCCAUCUACAACAACAUGAAGCAGUUCAUCAGAUACCUCAUCUCCUCCAACGUGGGCGAGGUGGUCUGCAUCUUCCUUACGGCGGCGCUGGGCUUCCCCGAGGCCCUGAUCCCCGUCCAGCUGCUGUGGGUUAACCUGGUGACGGACGGCCUGCCCGCCACCGCGCUGGGCUUCAACCCCCCCGACCUGGACAUCAUGGACCGGCCCCCCCGCAACGCCAAGGAGCCCCUCAUCUCCGGCUGGCUCUUCUUCAGAUACCUGGCCAUUGGAGGUUACGUGGGGGCUGCUACGGUCGGAGCCGCUGCCUGGUGGUUCACGGUGGCGUCAGACGGCCCGCAGGUCUCCCUGUACCAGCUGAGCCACUUCCUCCAAUGCUCGGCAGACAACCCUGACUUCGAGGGCCUGGACUGCCACGUGUUUGAGUCGCCGUACCCGAUGACCAUGGCCCUGUCCGUGCUGGUCACCAUCGAGAUGUGCAACGCCCUGAACAGUCUGUCUGAGAACCAGUCCCUGCUGCGCAUGCCGCCCUGGGAGAACGUGUGGCUGCUGGGGGCCAUCUGCCUCUCCAUGUCUCUGCACUUCCUCAUCCUCUACGUGGAGCCGCUGCCCGUCAUCUUCCAGAUCACGCCCCUGGACGCCACCCAGUGGGUGAUGGUGCUGAAGAUCUCCCUGCCCGUCAUCCUGCUGGACGAGGUCCUCAAGUUCAUGGCCAGGAACUAUCAGGAAUCUGGUAAACAGCUGGACGAGCCGGCGGCUAAGGGCCGCCCACUGUGUGCAUGCGUGGAGGGCGUGUCCUGGCCCUUCGUGGCCAUCUGCCUCCCCCUGGUGGUGUGGAUUUACAGCAUCGACACUAACGCCACCGCCAUGUUUUGGCCCUGAGUGACUCCCUGCUGGUCCACCCCUCACCUCCCUCCGCCCUGUGCACCUGUGUGACGUGGACAUUAACACACACCGACACACACACAUACACACAACUACACCUACACACAUACGCACACACUCUGUUUGUUAACCCCACCAUUUCAUUAACUUGGAACACCAACUGCAUCAACUUGAGUUUCAGGUCUUGUGUCGUUUUAGUUUUUUGUAUCAAGGACAUUUUCACAUUCCAUGUUUUUUUAUUCUUUUUUGGUUUUUCUAUUUAAGACGUUUGCUCAAGGUCCAUCAUUACAAUCACAUGAAGCCUUUCUUUGUUUUCACCUUUUGUUCAAGAAGCACAGAGGGCCGGCGGUCAUCACCUGUACAGAGAAUUUACACUAUUUUAGGAUUCAAGUUUUUGUAAUUUUUGGGAAGGCUUUGAGGGAACGUGAGUUUUGGCUUCCGUGAUCAUGAUCAUUUUGGACAUUAAAGUUAAAAUAGUUGAUGGACUCUUUAAUUCAGUCUAGGAUGCAGAGGGAGGCUUAACUACGUAAAGAUGAAUAACUAUCUCCCUGGGCAUGAACCACUAGCCGCUACCCCUUAUUGUUUUAGCUCUGAAUCAUGGUCCUCUUGUUGUCUGCGUCGGGCAGAGCACAGCUACCUCAAUGCUGUUGAUGUGACUGUAACCAUCCUUUAUUUUGAACAGCCUUUUCUUCUCAUGUCGAUUGUUGAGGUACGCGCCAAUUUGCUUUUGUAAAUUAGACACAGCCUAAAGACACUUGCACCAAUAAUUGCUGUUUCUAUGUUAAAAUGUCGUUGUUCAUUUAAGACGGUUUGAUUUAGUUUUUGAUCUAGAAGCGGCUGUUUAAAACUUGUUUACUUGAAACACACUCUGGCUUUUUAUUUACAAAAUAUAUAUAGGUUCACUUAUAGAAAUUCAGUCUUUCGGUCUGAAUUCAAAUUACUUUCUUUAAUCUUUUAUAAUUGAUAUCUAAUGUGCACAUACUGUACUUGAAUAUGUCCAAGGACAUGGACGCCAUGGGUGUUAUCAUCUGAGCACAAACUCAAAGUUGGGGGGCGGGCGGGGGGGGACUGGUACGUUGAGGAGAUACUAGUUGACCCACACUACUCUGUAUAGCUACAACUAGUUUACACAUCCUCUGGUUGUUUAUCUGUAUAUAGCACACAAAGUAUUCUCUAUGUAUGUAUAAAUAUAUAGGUUUGGUUUCCAACAUGCGAGGGCUUGUAGGUAGCGUUCCUGUAGGUUUCUUGCAUGAUCGCCCCAAUAUUACCAGGCCAGUUUUCUUCAAUUUGCCUAAAGCUGUUGUUUGUUCCAACGCCUUCCAAGCCGUUGGACUGCGUGAGUAACCUCCACCUGCAUGCUCCCGGUCCUAACCAAGCUCUGCCCCACAGCUGCUUUGUUUUAAUGUAGAUCGCUACUGGAGGAAAGCAUGCUGGGAGUCAUUGUUCUAUGUUUUCUUGAUUAAUUGCCUUCAAUGUCACCAAGUGCCAGGCUAUAACCAGAGGCCUCUGCAUUGUCUGUCCUGGCUCAGGGUAAACCUGGCCAUGUUUAUGAUUGUAAAGAAACUAAUGACUGACUGGAUAACUGGCCAACACUGACAUUUAAGCGCCACACUUUCUUUUGGUGUUCUAAGCUCCAGUUUCUUUCCCCUUGCUAACAGUGCAGACUUUACCACUUUAUUUUUUAAACCAGCAAAUAAAAAAACAAGUGAACAUCCUUUAAAGGAAUGCUGGUCAGACCCCAUGACCUGUGGUUCCAUAUAUUCUAUUGAUUUGGUUCUCUCUCUUUUUUUUCCCCUGCAGCUAAGGCCAAGUAAGCCCUCCUCUCAUCUUAUGUUCCUUCCAGGACCUGAGAGGGUCUGUUUUCUUAUUUUCUUCGGUCAUGCAUUUGUGUUGAGAGGAACAAAACAUAUCCCCAGACCUGGCUGUCAAUUAAGAAAAUUCUAUAAAUGGCAAUUAUUUUAUUUUUUAUAAAUCCUACAUAUUUUGAUUUUAACCAGUUGAUCUCAUGUCCCCAGUCUUUUCAAUAAGCAUGUGAAGCCGUUAAGACUCUUUCAAUCUAGGGGACUGUUCUCAUCCUUCAAUGGUUGAUGUACACUGAACAACAUUCUGGGAUGUCCUGAAACAUCAGCCAUUCAUUUGACCAGCUCUCCAUUGAUGUAUAAUGUAGGCAAAUUGUAAAACACUACUUGUUCAUGUAGUACAAACAAGGCUAAACAUGACAACGGUCAUCUUUCCUAAGGAAAUACUUUACAUCGGUCCUAAUUUAAUAUAAUUGUAGAGAGACUGUGCUUUCCACUGAGAUGUGACGUGUCCGAGGUAGAUUCCUGCUAUUUGAAAAGCUUAAGGGUGCAGUGUUGUAUACAUUUUAACAUGAGAAAGGCCUUCUAUUUCCAUCUUGGCCAAACUGCUGUGCUGUGAUAUCAGAAAUGGAAAUUGUACAGGAUCACAAACUGUGGUUUCAGGUAAAUAAAUCGUAUACAGAA